AUGAUUUGUAAUACUUACCUACAAAAACAACAAAUCCAACUUCCCCCGAUUUUAUUGUAUUUUAGCGUUAUAUUUAAUCAAAUCCAAGUUUUCAGGCAAUUAAAUGUUGUAUAUCAUAUUUUUCUUUUAAAAGAACAUAACACCCUAAAGAAGGAAUUUGACCGCAGUAAUACCACACUUAAUUACAAAUAUUUACAGAUCCGUAAAAACACUUUAUUUAGGAAAUGUGAUAACUUAAAGAUGGUAAAUAACCUCACAGACACUUGCUGCCUAUUAUUAGGAAUUUUAGGAAUGUUGGCCCAGUUUCUGAAUCAACACGGUGAUAAAAUUUUUACCAUAGCAGAAGUUGAAAUUAUUUUCAACUCCAGAGAUGAUUAA